AUGACCCAACGCUGGCGAGACUUGGUGACCGAUAAGCGGCGACGUCAGCAGGAGUCCAUUCCAAAGGAAUGGUUCAUCUCCGUUCCACCGGACACGGUACUUGAUGUCACCGCCAUCCCAGAGCAAUGUGGUCUGUUCACGGCCAAGGAGCUUGAGAUUACCAACACGGUGGACGUCGGCGUGUUGUUGAACAAGCUCGCUACCGCCGAGUGGUCGGCGGUGGAAGUGACUACCGCCUUCUACAAACGGGCGAUCGUCGCGCACCAACUUGUCAAUUGCCUGACAGAGAUCUUUGUGGAACGCGCGUUGGCUCGUGCCAAGGAGCUCGAUGAGCAUCUCAAGGCCACGGGCAAGGUUGUUGGCCCGCUGCACGGACUUCCUAUCUCGCUAAAGGAUCAGCUAUGCAUCAAGGGCUUGGAAACCACGAUGGGUUAUGCGUCGUGGAUUGGCAAAUAUGCCGACAAGAACGCUACGCUCGUGGACAUUCUGUAUGAUUGCGGGGCGGUUCCGUUCGUGCGGACCAACAUUCCUCAGACCCUGAUGUGGGGGGAAACCUACAAUCUGGUCUUCGGUCGAACUGUAAACCCUGCUAAUCGGAGUCUGAGUUGUGGUGGCUCAUCUGGUGGUGAAGGCGCCCUCAUUCACUUGAAGGGCAGUCCGCUGGGCGUCGGUUCAGACAUCGGAGGCUCGAUCCGCAUUCCCGCACUCUUCAAUGGUUUGUACAGCUUGCGGCCAUCAUACGGGCGUGUGCCAUACGAAGGCGCCGUCAACUCGAUGGUUGGCCAAGACUCCAUCCCAUCUGUCCUCGGCCCACUAUCCAAUAGCCUGAGCGGUGUGAAGGCAUUCAUGCAAGCGGUGAUAAGCCAGAGCCCGUGGACGAAGGACCCGCUUUGUGUCAGGAAAAAGUGGGAUGAUGAGGCGUAUGCCCUAUCCGAACAUGGAGGUGGCUCGACGCUCUGCUUCGCUAUCAUGUGGAACGAUGGCAUUGUGGUGCCCCAUCCGCCAAUCAUCAGGGCGCUAGAGAUGACAAGAGAGGCGUUACGCGCAGCUGGUCACAAAGUCAUCGAUUGGCAACCAAUUAAGUACCUCGAGCUGGGAAAUGCUAUUUCUGCCAUAUGGAAGGCAGGCGCGGGCGAAGAUUUCCACGUUACUACUACAGAGACUGGCGAACCGGUCAUAUCUACAAUGAAUAUUGUCGAAGGUGUUGAACCAGACUCUUCCAUACGACCCGCUCCGACGGGGAUAUCCGCGUAUGCAUUGUGGCAGGUCCAGAAAGCUAGGGCGGAGCUCCGGAAGGAGUAUCUGGACCACUGGCAGAAGACGGUCGAGGUCACAGGCACUGGUCGACCCGUAGAUGCAAUCAUCUCACCAGGCACUCCCUUCGUGGCCCCUCCGCAUGGCAGGAACAACUAUACCAACUACACCAAGGUCCUGAAUGCGUUGGACUACCCUGCUGCCACGUUCCCGGUGACGAGAGUCGACGUCAGCUUGGAUGCGAAGAAGCCUGCCCAUCAAUUCCUCAGCGAGACCGAUGAAGCAAUGUACAGUUGGUAUGAACCUACUCUCGUCCAGAAUGCACCUGUGGCGUUGCAGCUUAUCGGGCGUACACUGGAGGAGGAGGCAGUGAUUGCAAUGACUGAGGUCGUGGAUGCGGCGCUGAAGGCAAAGGCAAAGGUGGCAUUGUGA